AUGAAUAAAAAAAAAGGAGAGGAGAGAGAGUUCAUUGACCGUCAAAGAGAAGUCAGGAGCGUGACUGUAACCAUGACUAUGAUCGUAAUCCUGAUCGCAGCCGUGAUCGUAACCAUGACCGACUUGCCUUUGCAAAUCCUUAGAAAGUUCUCUCGAAACCCAUAAUUUUAUGGUGGACACCUUUUGGAAAUGAUGAGAAAUUACGGGAUUGUGGAAAUUACCAGUGUUAUUUUACAAGUAACCGAUCCUUUCAAUACCAUAAACAAAUAAAAAGUUUUCUUUUCUAUGGUAGUAGUUUCCAAAUUGAUGAUUUACCAAAGUGGAAAUCUGAUGAAAUUCCAUGGGGUUUGCUUCAUGAAGAAUCUCCAAGAAAUAAUCCAAUAUUACUUCAACAGAAAACAUUGAAUCUUUUCACAUACUCUUCGACAUUUAGCAGAUUCAGUGAUAUACCUCUAACUCUUAUAGAUCUACCUGGAAUCACAGAAUUAUUAAGUAAGAAGUAUUUUGUAUCUACAAAAGAAAAGACAAAAUUAUUGCAUGAAAGAAAUUUGGCACCAUUACUUUAUAUACAAUCUGAUUGCGAUACUGCAAGUAACAGAGAUAUUUAUGUAGCUGAAUUAAUGAAAUAUAUACGUGUAGAUUCAUAUGGCACGUGUUUAAAUAAUGCUCAACUUGAUAAAAGGUUAAAAGAAAAUUACCUUGAAAUACUGAACAAUGAAGAUUUUCUUUCUUUUAUUGCCAAUUAUAAAUUUACAAUAGCAUUUGAAAAUGCAGUCUGUGAUGAUUAUAUAACUGAAAAGUUGUGGAGGCCCUUGAUUGUUGGAUCUAUACCUAUAUAUUAUGGAUCACCAUCAUUUAAAGACUGGCUUCCAAAUAAUAUGUCUGCUAUCUCAGUAUUCGAUUUCAAAGAUCCAAUAAAUUUAGUCAACUUUUUACAUAAUCUUUCUAAUAAUGAAAUUGAAUAUAAUAAAUAUUUAUCUCACAAACUAAUUGACAACUAUGAAAUAGAAAAUGAAAGAUUAAAAGAGGUAUUAAAAAGAAGAAAGGAAAGGUUUUCUAAUGAGUUUGGAAAUUAUGUUGAAGAGUUUGAAUGUUUUGUUUGCAGAAGUAUAUAUCAACCAAAGAAAUCAAAAAUUGUUGAUGAGAAACAUUAUAACUGUCCACUGCCAAAAAAUCCACUAACAAACAAAAUUGAUCAUUCGAAUUGGUGGACAAACCAAUGGAUUUUAGAAAAAUGUAGUGCGACAUUAUUAAGUUAUCAUUUACAAAAUAAUCUUACAAUUAACAAGAAAAAUUUUGAAAAAGAUAAAAUGAAAUUAUAUGACAGAAACGAAUGUUGAAUUUGUAUAUUUUUAUAAUGGACAAAAUGGAUUUCAGAAAAAUGCAGUGUAACAUUACUAAAUUAUCAUUUGUACACAAUGUCACAAUGUAAAAUAAUUCUUAUAUUUUAUAAAAUAGAAAUAUUGUAUAUUACAAAUAUAUAUAAUAUAUAUAUUAUUA